CCGCUGCCCGCCCAGAGCCGCCGGGCGCCGCGGGCGCACGGCGGGGCUCAGUAUCGUGCCGGCACCCUCUGCCCCGCCAGCUGCGGCAGCGCUCUGUAGUACCCAUCACCGCUUCUCCUACUCUCUUUUUUUUGUUUUUUUAUUUUUCCUCCCGCCCCCCCGGCCCCCUCCCUUUUUUUUUUUUUUUUCCUUUUUUUCUUUCCCCUUCAUUUUUUUUUCCAGCGGACUCUGCCAGCGCGCUGAAAACAGCCUGUCUUCCAUUGACUUGAUUCGCAGGUUUGUUUAGCUGUUUGCGGGUUUUCCCCUCCCCUUUUUUUGCUGUCCGGCUCACUCCACCCUGAGUUUUAUCUAGCUGUAGCAACUUUUUGUUUUAUUUUUUAAUUUUAUUUUUUUAUUGUGAUUGGUAUUUUUUCACUGACGCCUCCCGUGCGUUUUUCGAUUGCAAGUCGUCCUUGCAGUCCGGUGUUUAACUGCAUUUUGUCUGCAGAUCUUCCCUUUGUUUGCACAAAUCCCCUUUUUUAUUUUUUAAUUUUUUUUUUGUUGUCGUUAAAGUCACUCUUUUUGGGGGGCGCUGUAUUUAAACACUUAAAAUGCACUGCUAUCUCCUGAGCGUGUUCCUCACCGUGGAUCUGGCCACCGUGGCUUUCAGCCUGUCUACCUGCAGCACCCUCGACAUGGAUCAGUUUAUGCGCAAGAGGAUCGAGGCUAUCCGGGGGCAGAUCUUGAGCAAACUGAAGCUCACCAGUCCCCCGGACGAGUACCCCGAGCCCGAGGAGGUGCCCCCGGAGGUCAUCUCCAUCUACAACAGCACCAGGGACCUGCUGCAAGAGAAAGCCAACCACAGAGCCGCCACUUGUGAAAGGGAGAGGAGCGACGAGGAGUAUUAUGCCAAAGAAGUUUACAAAAUAGACAUGCAGCCUUUUUACCCCGAAAAUGCCAUCCCACCGAGCUAUUACAGCCUUUAUUUCCGAAUCGUGAGAUUCGACGUCUCAGCAAUGGAGAAGAAUGCCUCCAACUUGGUGAAGGCUGAGUUCAGGGUCUUCCGCCUACAGAACUCAAAGGCGCGGGUCUCAGAGCAGCGGAUAGAGCUCUACCAGGUUCUAAAAUCUAAAGAGUUAUCCUCACCAGGACAGCGCUACAUCGACAGCAAAGUGGUUAAAACAAGAGCAGAAGGAGAAUGGUUGUCUUUUGAUGUCACUGAGGCUGUACAUGAGUGGCUCCAUCACAGAGACAGGAAUCUUGGAUUUAAGAUAAGCUUACAUUGUCCGUGCUGCACCUUUGUGCCUUCCAAUAAUUAUAUCAUCCCAAAUAAAAGUGAGGAGCUUGAAGCAAGAUUCGCAGGUAUUGAUGACUACACAUAUUCCAGUGGUGAUGUGAAAGCUUUAAAGUCCAAUAGGAAAAAAUACAGUGGGAAGACCCCACAUCUUCUGCUAAUGUUAUUACCCUCCUACAGACUUGAGUCGCAACAGCCCAGUCGGCGGAAGAAGCGUGCUCUAGAUGCUGCCUAUUGCUUUAGGAAUGUGCAGGAUAAUUGCUGUCUACGUCCACUUUAUAUUGACUUCAAGAGGGAUCUUGGCUGGAAAUGGAUUCAUGAACCUAAAGGAUAUCAUGCUAAUUUCUGUGCAGGAGCCUGCCCAUAUUUAUGGAGCUCAGACACACAGCACAGCAGAGUACUCAGCUUGUAUAACACCAUAAAUCCAGAAGCUUCUGCCUCUCCAUGCUGUGUAUCCCAGGAUUUGGAACCCCUGACCAUUCUCUAUUACAUUGGCAAAACACCCAAAAUCGAACAGCUCUCCAACAUGAUCGUAAAGUCUUGCAAGUGCAGCUAAAGGAUACCCCUGGAACAGCAUGAUGUGUGUAUUAAAAAAAUAACCAAGGGAAAAAAGAAAGAGAGAGCGUGAAAGAAGAAAACAAAAAACCCAGGUUCAUCAGUGUUAAAAAAAAAAAAAAAACAGAAGAAAAAAAAGCGGUACUAGUCUGAACUUUUUGAAAGUUUGUUGUUUUUUGAUUAUUUUUUUUAAACUGGCAUCUGAAGCAAAACAUUGAAGGCCUUAUCCUACAUUUCACCUAAACAUAGUGUGAGAUAAACAAGAAGCAAAGUUAAAGGAAAUAAAAAACCUUUUAAAAAUAAACACUGGAAGAAAUUUGUUAGUGUUACUAUGUGAAAAGAAAAAAAACAGGAAAAUCCCAUGAAGUGGAGUUGCUGUAUCUGUCCCGAGCCUUACUUGAUCUCUCUGUAUUGUUACGCAAUAGGCAUCCUACCCAUUCCUCUUAGUUGUAGAGUUAACUGCAUUAUUUAUUUGUGUGUAAAAACUAUCAAACGAACAUUUCCGUAUCACCAUUGGAAAAAAGAAAGCCAGCCAAUGUGGACAAAGUGGAGACCAAAUAAGCUGCCAGAAAUGCAUACAAAGCCUAGAGGAACACAAGCUCAAACGAAUUAAAGAGUAAUGGUUAGUUUAGGUCGAUUAAAAUAGAAGCCAGUUAUUACAUUAUGGAGAAACUCUGCUUUUAAAAUACCUUAUUUUUCAUGCCAGCUGCCUAGAGAGGCUUCUUGUAAGGUCUCAAACCCUUGUUUUAAAUACUGAAUAAUUUACUAAUAAAGGACACUCUGUUUCAGUCUCAAAGACAAGUCUAUAAGGUUUUUUUUUACUGUAAAUGAUUUAAAAUGUCAGCUUAGUAAACCAGUGAAAUAUUUAACAUGUACUGGUCUAAUCUUCAGACCUUAAUAUGUUGCUGUAUAGCUAUGCUAUGGGAAUUUUUUGUUCUUUUGGUAUAUGUAACCAUACCUAGAGUAUUACAAUAGGUAGGUAGUAAAAGCCAGCUUAAUUGGAAACAUAUCUGUAGAUCUCUAUUUGUAAACUAUUAAAAAAUUAAGUACUUUAUGUGUAAUGUGUAAAUUUUCACCAUAUUUUUGUACUCUGUAAUACUGUCAGCUCUUAUGAGUUUGAAUUUGAAUUUGGGGCUCUUUUUGAUCACUCAGAAUCAUGUGUUUCCCUCUAGCUGGCCAGUAUGAGUAGAGUCCCUAUAUUUUGACUUGCACUACAAAUACAUGUUUUAUAAUAAUUGCUAUACAUGUGCUUUGUAUAUUGUUCAUCACUAUGACAUAAGCUACCUGACUCCAUUUGUUUUUCUGUUUUAUAAAAAGGAUGGGUUAAAAUUAUCUCUCCCCCCCCUUCCUCCCUUCCCUCCUCGGUCGUCCCCGUUCGUAACACACGAAUCGUGAUGUGGUUCUGAUUCCUGGACCUUUUAAUUUCCUUUAUAUAGACAUUCAAACAGAUGGGCAGGGAGCAAGGUGUUGUGAGAAGAGGUGUCCCAGCCUGGUGAGGCAAACCCUUGCAGAGAAUGAAUGACAUUCACCACUGUGCAGAAGGCAGGUAGGAAGUGUCUGCUGCAGAGAUGCCCUGAGCAGGGUGUAAGAGGGACCGGUUUGCCACCAAAGGCCAAGUGCUGGCCUCACACACAGCAGGGACUUGACCCCACAUUUAAUCCAUGGGAACAAUGAUCCAUCCCCCUGCUGCAGGUAGCAGAGGUUUGCCUUAAACUUCUGCAGCAGCAUGGCAGGCCCCUUUAGGCUAUUGGUGUGCAUGUAAGGAUUAGCAGAAUCAGGCUGCUGAUUUGGGUUUUUGUAAAUUUUUUUUCAUUUGAGUUCACAUUAGAGCUUCUCUGGAAAAAAAAAAUAAAAAGGAACACAAGGUUCCUAGGAUUUUGUUGUAGUUACACAUUUAAAUAUUGUAGAGAGAGUAAAAGAAAAAAAAAUUAAAUCCACAUCAUACUCUUAAUUUAAAAAAAGCCCAAGCCUAAAUUAGCGAAAAAAUCACAAAGGAGGCACAUUCAGUUCUUUUCACAUGAUGAAUGGUUUUUCAUAGCAAAGCUGGAAAACUGUGUUAGAAACGUACUGUUUGGAUGCAAAAGACAUUUUCUGUCAGUGACCUGAGUGGUGUCAGGAGGACACUCCUGAGCUUGAUGCUGUCAACUCCAGUUUUAAGAAGUGCAAUUUUUUUUGGCUUCAGCGGAACACUGAUGCAAAACUGAAGUACCCCAGUGGCUUGCAAUAUGUAGCUCCUCAGGACUUCAGUAGAGCCUGUACUUAUUGCCUAGAUGGAAACAUAGCCCCACAGAUGAUCUAAUCCCACCCAUUGACUCAGUGCAGAGGAGGAGGUAUGUUAGACAUCUGAGUUAUUUAGUGAGUUGAGAUGAACAAUUGAAAAAUCUGCCCUGCUAACACUUGCUUGAGCCAGACUUACUCCAGUGAGAAGAUGCACUGAACUCAGUGAAACUCCUCAGGGUAGUAAAUACUCUGGAUUUUGCUGCAUAGAGCAGCAAAAUUAGUUUUAUCAGGUUCAGUAUGAGAACUGUGUUUUUGUUGGACAGGAAAGGAGGCAAGGAUGAACACAUUUUUAAAAACUUCAAAAACAUUUUUGCAAUUCUCUGUUAAUGGGAAUGCAGCUCAAAACCUCUGAAGCUUUGAAAAAAUGGCACAGGAGAUAGCAUAGUAGUCCAACUAUACUGACUAUGCGCUGGACGCAGUUGAUAAUUUCAGUUUGGGUUUGGAAUUUUUCUCUAAUAUUGUGUUAAACCUUAUUUUUGUAAGUCAUUACCCCAAAGCCAAGUGCUUCUUUUAAAAGAGUUUUUUGUCCUCAAAAUGCACUGAUAGUAUUGGAAAUACUCUAUUACAAAGCUCCUACAAAUAUUUUGUUUAUUAGGCAUGUAUUUCCCUUUAAUUACCAAGGAUGUUAAGCCUGAGCCUACAAUGUGCAGAACUCAUGAAUGAAAUUCCCUUCUACUGGGUGGGGUAAUGUGAGUCCUAAGCACUCCUCAGGUCUGGUGUAAAUCCCCCUCGAAUGAUGGUAGUUUGAGCAACAGCUCAAGGAUUUUGAGCCAGAGGCUUUAUCAUUACAAGGUAAUUGCCACUGAGCAAAGUCCCUGAGAAUUGAUGGGAAAUGUUCAGCACCUUGAAAAAUCCCACUCAAGGGGCUGAAUGGGGCUGAGGGGGGAAUUUUAGCACUUAGCUGGGUGAAGUAGGACAGCGGUUUUUUUUAUGCGUUUAGCAUCAGUAUAGUUGUAUGGUUGGCAUGGUUUAAAGGAGAAAAAAAAAGGAACUUAAAGGACAGCUGUGUUGUACUUUGGUGAUCGAUUACUCUGUAUUUUAACACAUUGUAUGUCUGUUUUUGUGGUGCUCUAGUGGUAAAUAAAUUAUUUCAAUUAUA